CAUUUCAUAUAAAAGAAUCAAGUGAUCUUUUAUGAAGAAGUAUAUUAUCCCUUUAUUUAUAAAAUACACAUACAAAAGCCUCAAUUUUUAAUAUUUAUAUUUUACCCUACCAACCCUUUCUUUCACUGUAGUCCGUGGCCAUACUAAUUCGAGACAAUCACAGAGCUCCCCAGUUCCAGCCAGCCACCUAUAGCUUUCAGAAAAACUUCUUCUUUUUUUUUAAUUGGUAAAGAAAACAGCUUUAAAAGCGGUGGGUUUUGAUCCAUUUUUCGGUCAAAAAUGGCGUCAAGGUUGUUGGCGACGAGGGCAGCUUCAUACCUUAAGAUCUCUGUUCCUCACAGAUGUUUCGCCACUGUUAUGAAAGAUCUAAAGUAUGCUGACUCACACGAGUGGGUAAAGGUAGAAGGUGAGUCAGCAACUGUGGGCAUUACUGAUCAUGCUCAAGACCAUUUGGGUGAUGUCGUGUACGUGGAGCUGCCCGAAGAGGGAGCUGAGGUAAAGCAAGGUUCGAGUUUUGGUGCUGUUGAGAGUGUUAAAGCCACUAGCGACAUUAAUUCUCCUGUUUCGGGUAAAGUGGUUGAGGUCAACUCAAAACUCAACGACUCUCCUGGUUUGGUAAAUGCUAGCCCGUACGAGAAUGGAUGGAUCAUAAAGGUAGAGGUGAAAGAUAGUAAUGAACUGAACAACUUAAUGAACUCUGAUCAAUACUCCAAGUUCUGCGAAGAAGAAGAUGCCAAGCAUUGAGAGAGAGAGAGACAGAAGGAAUCACAAUUUCAUAGGAAUAAGUCUCCUUAUGGAGGGAUCCAUCAUCCAAGUAGAUGAACAAGAUUGGGAUUUUCUUGAUGCAAUUUUUUGCUUUCUUUCCCUCUUUUGAUUUUUUUGUUCAGUUCUUUUUUCUUUUCAGUUAUUGCGUUUAAAGUUUAAACCACUGCAAACCAUUGCUUGUCUUCUUCUUCUUCUUCUU